CCCCCCCCCCCCCCCCCCCCCUCUAUCCCAGUGUCUGUGAGAGGGUUUGUCCUGUUCAUGCGGGAUGAGCGACCAGAAGAAGGAGGAGGAGGAGGAGGCGGCAGCGGCGGCGGCGAUGGCUGCAGAAGGAGGGAAAACCUCUGAGCCAGAGAAUAACAAUAAAAAAACCAAAACCUCAGGCUCCCAGGACUCUCAGCCCUCUCCUCUGGCUUUACUGGCAGCUACUUGCAGCAAGAUAGGGACUCCCGGCGAGACUCAGGCUACGGGACAGCAGCAGAUCAUAAUAGACCCGGGCCAAGGACUGGUGCAGCUUCAGAGCCAACCGCAGCAGCUGGAGCUGGUGACAACGCAGCUCGCUGGAAACGCUUGGCAACUUGUUGCCUCCACUCCUGCGUCAAAAGAAAACAGCGUUCCUCAGCCGGCUUCCAGUUCCUCCAGUUCUUCCGCCGCCAGUAAUAACGGGAGCUCGUCCCCUACCACAGCCAGGCCGGGUAACCCCGCCGCCCCUAGUCAGUUUCAGGUCAUCCAGGUCCAGAACCCAGGGGGUAGCGUGCAGUACCAGGUGAUCCCCCAGCUGCAGGCGGUGGAAGGUCAGCAGAUCCAAAUCAGCCCGACCAGCGCUUCAUCUCUCCAGGAUUUGCAGGGUCAGAUUCAGCUCAUCUCUGCAGGUAACAAUCAAGCUAUCCUCACGGCCGCAAACAGGACAGCUUCCGGGAACAUCCUUGCCCAAAAUCUGGCCAAUCAGACAGUCCCAGUACAAAUUAGGCCUGGUGUUUCCAUCCCGUUGCAGUUGCAGACCCUUCCUGGUACUCCGGCUCAGGUUGUAACCACGCUGCCAAUUAACAUCGGAGGAGUGACGUUAGCUUUGCCAGUGAUAAACAACGUGACAGCUGGGGGAGGGGCUGGGCAGGGUGGCCAGCCUACUGCUACUACUGAUAGCGGGACUUCCAAUGGGAAUCAGCUGGUCUCCACGCCCACCACCAGCACUGCUUCCGCCAGUACUAUGCCUGAGUCCCCCUCUUCCUCUACUACCUGCACAACCACUGCAUCAACGUCUCUGACGAGCAGCGACACACUGGUGAGCUCAGCAGACGCGGGCCAGUACACAAGCACCUCGGCCAGUAGUUCUGAGCGCACCAUUGAAGAGCCGCAGACACCUGCUGCUGCUGAGCCCGAAGCCCAGAGCUCCGGCCAGCUUCAGUCCAACGGGAUACAGAGCGCACAGGACCAGUCAGGUUCUCUUCAGCAGGUGCAGAUUGUGGGCCAGCCCAUCCUGCAGCAGAUCCAGAUCCAGCAGCCACAGCAGCAGAUUAUCCAGGCUCUCCCACCACAGUCGUUUCAGCUCCAGUCAGGGCAGACGGUUCAGACCAUCCAGCAGCAGCCACUGCAGAACGUUCAGCUUCAGGCAGUCAACCCGGCUCAGGUGCUUAUCAGGGCUCCAACUUUAACACCUUCAGGGCAGAUCAGCUGGCAGACUGUCCAGGUCCAGAAUAUUCAAAGUCUUUCAAAUUUGCAAGUUCAGAAUUCUGGGUUAUCCCAGCAGCUAACCAUCACCCCAGUGUCUUCAAGUGGUGGCACAACUCUUGCUCAGAUUGCUCCCGUGGCUGUUGCUGGUGCCCCAAUAACUUUGAACACUGCCCAGCUUGCAUCAGUGCCUAACCUUCAGACGGUGAGCGUGGCCAACCUGGGUGCUGCGGGUGUUCAAGUUCAGGGAGUCCCAGUAACGAUCACUAGUGUUGCAGGCCAGCAGCAAGGACAGGAUGGAGUGAAAGUUCAGCAAGCUACGAUAGCUCCCGUAACGGUAGCAGUCGGAGGCAUCGCUAAUGCGACGAUCGGUGCUGUUAGUCCUGACCAACUCACACAAGUGCAUUUGCAGCAGGGCCAGCCGACCCCUGAUGCAGAUGUGCAGCCUGGCAAGAGGCUUCGGCGAGUCGCCUGCUCAUGUCCUAACUGUAGGGAAGGAGAAGGAAGGGGCAGCAGUGAGCCAGGGAAGAAGAAGCAGCACGUUUGCCACAUCGAAGGCUGCGGCAAGGUGUACGGCAAGACCUCGCACCUGCGAGCACACCUGCGCUGGCACACUGGGGAGAGGCCGUUCAUAUGCAACUGGAUGUUCUGUGGCAAGAGGUUCACGCGGAGUGAUGAGCUGCAGAGACACAGAAGGACCCACACAGGUGAAAAGAGAUUUGAAUGUCCAGAAUGUUCUAAAAGGUUUAUGCGGAGUGAUCACCUUUCCAAACACGUCAAAACUCACCAGAAUAAGAAGGGAGGUGGGACAGCUCUGGCCAUUGUGACCUCGGGGGAACUGGACUCAUCUGUCACAGAGGUGCUUGGCUCUCCACGGAUUGUCACAGUUGCGGCCAUUUCUCAAGAUUCGAAUCCAGCAACUCCCAAUGUUUCAACAAACAUGGAAGAAUUCUGAAACACUGUUUGUAACAAAGACCUCUCGUGCUGCACUUAAGUUUACACACCGUUGAAAAUCUGGAAAUGGGCUGGUCAAGUGGACUACAGAGUAGGAAACACGUUUGCAUCCUUGGCGUUUUUAAGUAUUCCAGGGAUUUUGGUUCAACACAGAAAGUGUUGAAAAUUUAAAAAAAUAGAGAAAGAAAACCAAUAUACUGGAAAUGGAAAAGUAUUUCUUCCAUGGUAUAAGUUGCUGUAGUUAUUUGGAAAUACAUCACAUAACCUUUAAGCAGAAUCUUCCCUCCUUUUCCGUCCUGUGCUGUGGACAUGUCUACAUAAACCACGUGAGUUUGCAGGCCGGGCCUUAAUUGGACUUACUCUGUCUGGAAGUACUUUGUUAAAAAUUUAGUCAGGAAUAACUUACAAGCAUUUCUUUACUCUCUAGCACAGAAAACAGAUUCUGAUCUGACAAUAGGGAUAAUACUGUGUUUCUUUAGCUUGGUUUUUAGAAAAAUCUGUUCAAAAUAGUUUUGGCCGUCUUUUCUAAAUAUCAAAAAUUCUUCAAAAGCUGAAUUAGGUUAAGUUCCAAAAUAGUAAUCUGAGCUGUGUCUCAGAUCUUUAUUACACUACAUUGUAGUAGUGUGUAUGCAGACAAUCAGUGAAACCCAAUUAUUUUCUCCAUUUUGGAGACACAAGCGAACCUUAGAGCUAAAUCUUAGGUUAAAUUUUAGAUUGAAACCUUAAGAAAAUACUGGGGGAAAAUUUGUUAGAAUGAAUCCAUGAUGUCUUCAGAAAAAGGCAAGACAAAGCAGUUCAGCAAUGUUUUAAAGUCAGGGUUGACUGUGUACUUAACCCUGGGUUCAAUAGCAAAGUUUCAUUUUAAAUGUUCAUGUUGGAAAUACAUGCAUAGAUUACAGAUCUAUGUAAUUUCAUAUUCUGUAAAUAUGGGUUAUUUUGACAAUGUGCUGGAUUCUUUAUACUUUGUCUUGGUAGCCAAAGAAAGAAUUAUCAUACUUCUCAAGGCCAGCAGAAAAUUAUUUUUAACUGCAUUAUAACCUUCAUUUCCUUUACUAAAAAUUGGCAAAUCCCAUUUUAUUUCUAGUACUGUAUUAGAUUAAUUAGGAACAUACAUCACGGUGACAUCUUUAUGUUGUAUCAAUAACAGAAUUUUCCCUAAAGGUCUAGACAGCUUAACAAAUGUAUAGUAGAUAUGAUAUUACGAAGCAAAAAUUAUUUUUGGAAAACCAGAAUACUUUUCAGUCAGAUAGUGACUGAAAAUAUAUUUCAUUGUUUGUGCAAGGGUCUUAUGGAGCAGUGUCUUAUUAGGAAAGAUGGCCAAACGUUUCAUAUGAAAAACAAUUGGAUUGUUCUAAUAGAUUAAACUUUAGUAAGACACUUCAUGUUUUUAGGAUGCAUUUACACAGAAUCAUAACUAUUGAAACUGACCGUCUGGAGAGAAAAGUUUGUUCCUACUUCCUUUGUUGUGUCACUGGUUUGAACAUAGGUGUGUGUUUUCCUGUGCACUCUGUUAUUUCAGGAAAAUACUACUCAUGAGAAUUCUCUUCCAAAAUUGUGAUGUUUCUUGUAUUUUUGAUGAAGGAGAGAUACUGUAAUGAUCACUGUUUACACUAUGUACACUUCAGGCCAGCCCUUUGUAGCGUUAUAGAAAACUGGAGGCCUUUUGUGCUUUCGGUUUGUAUAAAAAAGCUUUGAGAUUAAAGGAAAAAAUUUUUACACUGUGGUUAUAAAUUUCAAGUUUCUUAAAGCUUUUGUAGACUUGUAACAAAGUCUUUAAAUUUUAGUUGGAUUUUGUAAAUUGUUUUGUAUAUUUUAUUUAAUGUACUCUUAACAGCUGAUGGAUCUGGCUUUAAAACAUCAGAAUCAGUUUGUUGUUUUGUCUGGUACAGAAGAGCAUUUGGUAGUGUUAAUUUUAAUUUUAUUAUAUAGGAGCUGAAACAUCAAAAAUAUAUUUUAUCUAUCAUGCUACACAAUCAGUGCUAUAAAUUUUUUUAUGCAAAGAGACUUUCUUAAUGUUUUACUCAUGUUUUCCUCGAGCUAUACUUUUUGUUGUUAGCACCACGUAUGAGCACUCUACACCCCAGCCCAUGAGCCAGUUUCAUGCAGUCCACAUACGCUC